AUGCCGAAGCCUGUGCGCGCUGAGAUCAGCGCGCCCAGGCUCCGCGGACCUCUCCGCGAGCAGCGGCAGCGCUGCCGCUGCUUGCGGAGAGUUGCCGGCAUGCCGAAGCCUGCGCGCGCUGAGAUCAGCGCGCCCAGGCUUCGCGGACCUCUCCUGCCUUCAAAGCCGUCCGGGAUAGCGGGAAGCGCUUCCCUGCUAUCCCGGACUGCUUUUAAAAUGCUGGCGGUGGGGUGCAAAGCCUUCGGCCCCCGCCAGCCUUCCUGGACCUCUUCUGAAGGCCGGAGGGGGAAGGCUUUGCUCCCCACCGCUAGCAUUUAAAAGAGGUCCCCGGAGAUUUCCUAUGGGCUUUCGUCUUGCGAAGCAAGCCCAUAGGGAAAUUCGCUUAUGAAGCGCCUCCAAAACGGAAAACCCUUUCGUCUAGCGGGUUUUCCGUCUUGCGAGGCGUUCGUCUUGCGGGGCACCACUGUAUUAUUAUUAUUAUUAUAACACCAGUCUUGAAAAACCUACACUGGCUUCCAGUACGUUUCUGAGCACAAUUCAAAGUGUUGGUGCUGACCUUUAAAGCCCUAAACGGUCUCGGUCCAGUAUACCUGAAGGAGCGUCUCCACCUCCAUCAUUUUGCCCAGAUACUGAGGUCCAGCUCCAAGGGCCUUCUGGCAAUUCCCUCGCUGCGAGAAGCCAAGUUACAGGGAACCAGGCAGAGGGCCUUCUCGGUAGUGGCGCCAUUCCUAUGGAAUGCCCUCCCAUCAGAUGUCAAAGGAAAUAAACAACUAUCUGACUUUUAGAAGACAUCUGAAGGCAGCCUUGUUUAGGGAUUUUAGUGUUUUGUUGGAAGCCGCCCAGAGUGGCUGGGGAAACCCAGCCAGAUGGGCAGGGUAUAAAUAAUAAAUUAUUAUUAUUAUUAUUAGUCUAUAAUAGCUACUUCGAAGUAUCCAUUCAAUUGGCAGCCAGCCUUUAGGUACUCCUCAUAGAUCUAGAGCAGGCAUGUCCAACCAGUGGAUCGCCAUCUACUGGUACAUCCCCAGCUGAUCCUGGUAGAUCACGGGACCCUUAUUGAUUGUGGGAUUAUAUAAAGUUUAUUGAAAGUUAACAAAUAAAAGCUCAACAACUCUGGGCAAUCCAUCCACCCCACGCACGCGCCUCAUCUCUCCAAUGCCAAUAGGUAGAUCACUGCCAGUUUUUUUAUACUGGGAGUAGAUCACAGUCUCUUGGGAGUUGGACGUGCCUGAGCUAGAGAAAUGGCUUAAUGCUGCCAUUUAGCAACAUUUGAUCUCUAGCUGCUCAUAUUUACAUGUUUAUUUGCUUACAUUUAGCCUUCUCUUCCAUCAUGGAGCCCAAAGUAGCGUGCGUGCACAUGCAGUUCUCAGGCAGUCUCCCACCCAGCACUAACCAGACCUAGACCUGCUCAGCUUCCCAAAGGUGGUGGCAUCAUGUUCCUUCUGGCCCUAUCCUGGGAGUAGAUCAAACAUUGAAUAAUAUUGUACGCACUGACGAAUUAGAUCUGGGCUUUUGAGUUUCAUUUGCCUGCCUAGCCAACUCCCAGUUGGCCCUUCCUUACUCAGAGGUAUUGAAGGAAGAGGAGUGAAGAGAUGGGGGGAAGGUAAAAGCUCCAUUGUGCUUUUAGCCAGCUUCAGCUAAAACAAUUGUUCUAGCUUGCAAGUUAGCUCUGCGGUUAGACAGUGGGUUUCCUGUCUGCAGUCAUACUUAGUUGAAGCAAAAGAAACUCAGCUUGAUAGGCCGGUAGUGGCUCAUAUCUGCUUCAGUUGUGGUGAGCCUUGUGGUAAGCUAACUUCUCACCUCAGCUCUGCAAAAUGCAAACAUUUUUAACGCAGAAGCAAACAAAAUGCAAUGGAGGGGGGGAGGGCUCAGCUAGCCCAAUAAGGUAAUGAAAUGUAUCUCUGCUUGUUGAUUGGGGAGCAACUGGGGGCAAGCUUGAAAUUACUGUAUAAGACUGCUUGGAAGACAAUAGAGGGGGCCAGUCUUUGGAAACUAUUCCACUGGCUACCUCUGCGCAGAUUUGCAAUAAAGCCUUUUCUCCGUGAAUCCCACCCUGGAGUAUGUUUGUCUCCUUCUUGAUACCAGCAGGGGCAGGUGACUGGAACCGGACCCCUUAGGAUCAGAUAUCCUAACAUAUCUGGUGCGUUGGCCGGGAAACCCACCUCUCCUGCUGUUUGAUCUUGAAGGCCAGGCUCGACUGGACGAACAGCUUGGAUCGGCGUAGGAGGUUCCAGCGCGCGCCCGCCAGUUGCGGGAGGAUUCCCUCACUCCGUUCCUGAGUGGAGACGUCCGGUCGUGGGAGAAAAAGGGAUCGGCCGAGGGGGACACAGGGUGUGUCUCAGGACAUAGAGGUAAGCUCUUGGGAAAGAAAAGAGCAGGAGAUCUGAUCAAUCUCACCUGGAGUGUGGCAAUUAAGUGCCCCCAGGAAGGCUUGGCUGGGACAGUGAGGUCCUGCUGCCAGUGUGUGGGAAAGGAAAAGGGUAAAAAAGGGGGGGUCCCUUUGCCAGUCUGUGGAAAGGGAAAAGGGUGGAGGUGGACUGUGAGGGUGUGGAGGUGAACUGUGUGUUGUAUGACCAAAUACUCCAGUGAAAGGAUGAAUGUGUGAGAGGUCGGGGCUUAGCGUCUCCGUGGCCAAGCGUGUCUAGGGCUGUACUCGUCUAAGCCACAGGCUGUAGUGUGUGAAGUGGGCAAGGUGUUGAUUUUGGCUAGGAGCGGAGUAUUCUGGUAAACAUGGGUUCAGGAAAUAGUAAAUGUACCCCUUUGGAAUGCUUCCUGAACAACUGGAAAUUGGCCACGAAAAAUGACGACUGGGGGUUCAAAUUGAAGAAGGAGAGGCUUAGGACCCUUUGUGAAGUGGACUGGCCGACGCAGGGCACUGCCUGGCCGUCCCAAGGCAGUUUUGAGGGGCGGUUGAUCAAUCCCUUGCUGCAGAGAAUAAUUGAAGACCAUCCAGAUCAAAUUCCCUAUAUUUCCACGUGGAAAACCAAUGUGGAUAAAACCCCCCCUUGGCUGCAGGCUUGCCGAACUGCUCCAGCAAAGGCAAGGAUCUGUGCUGUCCGGCAGCAGAAAUUACCUCUUGUGGUUCAGGACACAGAAGAGGAAUUAGCUGUGAGACCACCUCCUUAUAGACCCCCAAUACCGGCAGUACCACAGAAUGGCCCACCCCUGCAGAAUAACCUCCAGAAUAAUCCCCCCAACCCAGUUGGUGGCAGCCCUAUCAACCCAAGCCCUGAGGAUAAAGACCCCACCAAAUCAGAGACAGCUAAGGAGGAUGAAAGUGAUGAUGAUGAGGGGGAUGAGGAGACACUGUUAAAGAUGUUGGAAAAGAAGGUACAGAAGUGGCAGAAGUGGAGUAAGAAGCAAGACAAAUGGAUAAAGGACUAUGUAGACCCCUAUAAAGACCAAGUGGAUGUUAGUCCCCACCUCUUAGAAGUGGCACGUUGUGAGGAUGGGCACUGGAAAAAGAAACAAAAGAGGUGGCUGGAGGCAGCACGUAGAGCCGCCACCCACCAUGAGAGAGAGAGAGAAGAAAGAUCAGGCUACAGCCUUGAUGCCCCUCCGGGUAGUUUAUGACCCCCCAGGACCGCCAGGGGAGAAUGGGGCAGCAGCACCGCGCACCUACACAAUCCAACAUGUGCCUUUUUCAACUGCUGAUAUUUGCAAUUGGCGCAAUCAGAACCCUUCCUUUGAGGAGAACCCAGCCAAAAUCAUCAAACUUUUUGAAGGGAUCUUUAAGACUUAUGAUCCUACUUAUGAUGAUGUUCAAUAUCUUUUGGACUCUCUGUUAACAACGGAAGAAGUCCGGAGGGUCCAUAGUGAGGCAAGGGCGCAUCUGAGGCAGUUACAAUUAAAUGAUAACCAAAUAAAUGAUGCCUACCCCCGAGCCACUCCUAAUUGGGACUAUCAGGAUCAGAUAUCCUAACAGUAUCAGAGAAGAUAAGACAGAGUUUUGUUGGCCUGCUUUGGCUUGCUUUUGUAUUCUGCCUGUUUUUACUGAUAAAGAAAUACUUUCAUGGAUAAUUUUAACACCUUAACCCAACUGACAGCAAGUCUAACUUGUGCUCUCUGCUCCCAUGAAUUUUUUUUUUUCCAGACCCAGGAAUGAUUCUCUUUUGUGUGAAAAUGUGUUCUCUGUAUUUGCCCUUAGAAGUAGAAGUUAGUGCCAUGUCAAUAAAUACAUUUCUUGAAGGUGCAGUGUUCUUGGUGUUGGGCAAGGUUAUCCUUGGGCCUUCUCAAGUCUGGGUUGGUUUGUUUUUGUUCAUUAAGAGUUUUUUCCUGGGCUCCUUAAGCACCUUUUCUUCUUUUUUCUUUUUUUGGUGCUGCUUUCAUUUCCUCUUUGUGGGAAGCUUCAGUGUGGGAGGUGCUUUGUAAGAACAAUUCAAAGUUUUCCUGAUCUUGUCUGUUCAAUUUCUAGGUAUUUCCACAGAGCGGAAUUUUAGAGCAAGACACCUGCUGAAAGGUCAGAAAGCGGAAGUGAAGGCAACGGUGCCUGCAGCUGCUGCUGCUCCUGCUCCAAUGGAUGCCUGGAAAAGUGCAGGCCAAGCACCUGGGCAGCAGGUCAGUACGGAGAAGGGCAAAUGAAACCAGAACUCUUGAGGCUGCAAUCUGUGGCAGAUUUAACCUGCAAGUCCAUUCAACUCAGCAGGACUGUUAGUUCACCCCAUCAUGUUAGCUCACUCCCUCUAUAUAAUGCUAAUUAUAAACCAAUUAGUCCUCUACUUCUUCUUUUCCCUGAGGCCGAUCUGUCUUACAGGGCAAAUUAGAAAGUGUGAAAGCCCUUGUUUCCAAAGAGGAACUGUUGCCCAAUUGCUGACCAGCUGGGCUGGUGUAGCUGAGUCAUAAAUCAAGAUGUGAUUUGAUUGGCUGGUGCAAAUGAAAAGCACAGCACUAUUUCAGAAAAGAACUGAUAUCUCAAUUUGUUUUUAUUGUUUUGUUUCCCACCCAAGGGUUAAGGGUGAGCAUCAGGUAUUUCAUCUGAAACAUGUCUCUCUAAAGGGCUCAUGCUCAAAACGGAAGAGAUAAAACAACGAGGAAGCAAGUCUAAGGCAUCUAGGCACCUUUCUUUCUUUCUUUUAUUGUGUUUCCAUGCUGACUUUGGAGGAGGGGGCAAAACAAAUAUUGCAGGCUAGUAACUUUUUGACUUACGGUAUUUGUAAGGCUAGCUGAAGAAGUACCCUUCUCCCCUUUGCGUACAAAGUGGAUGCAGCAGGAUAGAGAACUACUGCUGCUGCACCCUUGUUGAGCUCUUCUUGUCCUGGCAAGAGUACAGUUAUGGGGCUGUAGGAUCACCCUAUACUAGUUAUUAGAGGGUUGAGUUGUUGUCACGUCACCAGAGAAAUGGAUGGCUGUUUUUAACUCUUGCACAAAGCAGAGACACAAAUGCCUAGACAAGGGCUGGGAUCUAUGGAAUACCCAUGCUUAUACAGUGGUACCUCGGGUUACAUACGCUUCAGGUUACAUACGCUUCAGGUUACAGACUCUGCUAACCCAGAAAUAGUGCUUCAGGUUAAGAACUUUGCUUCAGGAUGAGAACAGAAAUCGUGCUCUGGCGGCGCGGCGGCGGCAGCAGGAGGCCCCAUUAGCUAAAGUGGUGCUUCAGGUUAAGAACAGUUUCAGGUUAAGGACAGACCUCUGGAACGAAUUAAGUACUUAACCUGAGGUACCACUGUAUGCAUGUCUGUAUUGUGUAUGUAUGUGUUUGUGUUGAAACAGUUUUAAAAAUUUAAGCUCCAGCAGGUUAGCAGUAGCGGCAGCAACUGGUGUGAUUGUGCAAGGUGUGGCAGGUUGUACAUUGGGACCUUCUCUGCAAAGAUCCUUCCUGAACCUCUAAACCACCGCUUUGUUCAAGCAUUAGUCAUUAAUUACUCUUGGAUUUCAUCUCUGCGUAGUCCAGUAAUUUCUAGUUCAUUCUCAGUAUUUUUGUUCUGCUGCUGUGUUAUUCACUGUGGAGAAAGGUGCUAUUACACGACUGAAAUUGAGAAUAUAAUGGAAGACUCCCAACUCAGCUCUCUGAAGGUGCACAUUGUAUUAGCUGUGGAAAUUCAAGACUUAGCUGUUACAUGCAUGCAGAGAGCUGAAGGGAACUGAGCAUUUAUGUAGCAUGAAAUGCCCUCUGGCGGACAAAGAGUGCAAAGUUAGCCAGUUCUUACAGUAAGGGAGGAUGACCAAAGCACUGGCAGUGACAUUUUCAUUGCUGCAGUAACCUGAGGUUUUCAGUUUCCUUUGGUCCCUGCACAGUAGCAAAGUGGGGUUGUUAUGGCAGGCACAUUAGUUCUAUCGACUGUGAGGGUUUUAGAGCUCCUUUUAAGUCUUUGAGCAGCAUCAGUUUUGACUGAGCCGUCGAAUGCAUGUUGAAUUGUGAACUGCACCGGAUUGAUAGUGAACUAAAUGCCGAAUUCUGAAAUAACCACAGAGGGGGGGAAAUCAAGCAUUUUAAAUCUUGAAUAGCAUUUAUUGAAAUGAUAAACUGUUUUUUAUUGUAAUCAUUUCCCCCAUACUACUGCAUUUAGCAAGGUAGCCUUUAACAUUCACACAUAUUGUAUUGAUAGUUAUAUGAUAUAUUCAUGGGUUGACUUUUGUACACUUUUGUCAAUAGCACCUUGGGCAGAGCAAUCUUUUGCUCCUGGAAAAACUGCAUUGUCAACCAAUUAAUAAAUAACAUCAUUAAUAAGGAUUAAAAAGGGGGCAAAUUGGUUGGUUUUUUAUUGUUUAAAAACUUGUGUUCUCUUUAGUUCUUAAUUCACCUGGGGCCGAAUAUACAGCCUGUGGCUUUAUUGUAGAUUCAGAAACACUUCUUCCAUGUUAAUGAUUGCUUUUUAAAAUGCUGGUUUUAAUUUUCAGGUCCCUGACAAAGUAGGAAUGAAGAGUGCUUCUCUAAAGGAUUUAUGUCCUGAAAACAAGAGGCACUUGGCAAACUUAAUUAAGGAGCUUGCAAGGUGAGGAUAAACUGUCUGAUAAUGCAUCAGGUUUAGGAUGAGACUCUCCUUUUUAAUAAAUAUUUUAUUAAUUUCCAAAUAUAACAAAAAUAAAACAUCAAUACAAAUUCAGUAUCAAACAAAAAAGUUGACUUCCCCCUAGUCCCUUCCUUGGUUCCAAUGUUUAUCAACAUACCACAUGUCCAGCGUAAAAUAAAAACUAUUAAAAUUAUUGUUCAUUCAUAAUGUAAUUACAAGUAGUCCUAGAACCCUGCCAAUGUAUUAACCUGUGUACAUUUCUUCUGUAUAUAUGCAAUAAAGUCCUUCCAUUCUUCCUUAAAUUCGUUGCCAUCUCUUUCUCUUAGUUUCAUUGUCAUUUUCGCCAUUUCAGCAUAUUCCAUUAAUUUAACUUGCCAAUCUACUUUGGUUGGGACACCUUCUUUCCAAUGUUGUGCAAGCAAUACUCGUGUGGCUGCAGUCUCAUACAUACGUUCUUUUGUUAUCUAGGUAUAUCUACUCCUGUAAUUCCUAGUAGGAAUGCUUCUGGUAUUUUGACAAAAGUUAUUUUAUACAUUUUUUUCAUUUCAUUAUAAAUCAUUUCCCAAUAGUUUUUUUUACUAUUUUACAUUCCCCCUACAUAUGAAAAAACAUCCCUUCCGUUGUUUUACAUUUCCAACACUUGUUUUCUUUAGAUUUGUACAUUUUUGCUAAUUUGACUACAGUUAGAUACCAUCCAUACAUCAUUUUCAGUUAAUUUUCUUUAAUCGCUACACAUGCUGUAGAUUUAAUCCCACUCUUCCAUAGUUUUUCCCAUUCCUCCAUCUGAAUAUUGUGUCCCACAUCUUGUGCCCAUUUAAUCAUGACUAAGAUGAGACUCUCUUUCCAAUUACUGUUAUGAAAUUUAAGCAUUCAUGUUUAUUAAAAGCAUAUGACCACUCCUUGCUGGCACAGGUAUGAUCAAGUAGGGCAUGGAGCGGUUGUCUGCCUCUCUCUGUUUCAAGAGACUGCUGCUGUUUAAGGAAGGCCUUCAAAGGGUUUCCUACAAAAUUUGUCCCCAUUGUGUCAUGGAUGGCCUGAAAAGUUGUGCCCUAUCUCACUUUGCUGCUUCCCCCCAAGCACCUACAAGUUCUUGCUUUGGACUGUGACAUACUAACAUGGGGCCUCUGUGAAACCAGCACCCAUGUGGUCCUGAGAGCACACUCCCUCCCAAAGGAUCUUUAGUGGGAGUCACACAGAGUGCUGUCCUUAAUGUGUGUAUCUGAACCCUCCCAAACGACAAAGGUGAGUCCACAUGAAAAUAAUAUAAAAAGUAAGAAAUUUAUUAUAAAGGUAGUUUUAUCAAGGAGAAGGGGACGACAAAGGACGAGAUGGUUGGACAGUGUUCUCGAAGCUACAAACAUGAGUCUGACCAAAUUGCGGGAGACAGUGGAAGACAGAAGUGCCUGGCAUGCUCUGGUCCAGGGGGUCACGAAGAGUCGGACACGACUAAACGACUAAACAACAAAGUUUUAUCAACAAAGUGCAGCAGCAUACACACAAUUCUAGGCACAUAUAAAAGCAAUAUUCUAACUUUCUAAAAUAAGCAUUCUAAAUAAGGGUCCAAAUUAAACAGGGGAGGUUAAUUAGAAAGAUAGUCACAAGUUAGUUCUCUUGGCACCUGCUGGAGUGCUCCUGAAACUGUGAGUGUGCACACCUGUGAGUGUGCAGGUGAUCUGACCUGAGGUUGCCUGACUCAUCCUGGAAGUGCCAUUAUUCUGUCUAGUUUGUAUUUUCAGUUCUAUGGCAUUCCCAGUUGGUUGAAGGAACCUGGCACCAGAAUCUUAAAGCGGAGGCGUCAGGACCUUUUGCUUACUAAUUAUCCCAUAGCCACUGUUGCAACCUAGCUUACUGAGGAGGAGUGAAUUGUUAUGUAUCUUCCUGACCUAGCUGGCAAGAAGGUCAGGGAUAGCCAGAGUAACUGUGUCUUUCCCCAUUUAAACUGUCCCAGACUCUCCUGAAGGGAGAAUUGCCCUUUGCUUGGAUCCUGCUUGCGAGUUUCCCACAGGCAUCAGGCCAGCCCCUGUGAGAGCAGGAUACCGCACUAGAUGGGCUGUUGGCUGGAUCCGGCAGAACUCUUCUGAUGUCCUUAUGUCCAGAGGGAUUCCAAAUGAGCAAACCAAUCAGUGGGCCAUUUCUUCUCUUGCACGAUGACCUCCUUCCUCAAGAAGUUCCAGAGCAUGAAGAAGGGCAGAGCCCAGGUGAGGGAGACCAGAAGCAGAGUCUGAAAGGGCCUCAGUGCGUCCUUGGAGCAAUCUGUGGCACUGCAGUCUCUGGCCUGCUUGUUCCCUGGGGGCUCCUCCUCUGGAACAGGCCAGGACACCUGUCAAGGAGCUGUAGGGGGCGAGCACAGGCCAUUCAUGGGGCAGGAAAGAACAAGAGGCAUAAAAUGGAAUUAGCUUUUAUGUGCAGCAAGCAGCAACACAGCCCAGCUCCUCUGGCUUGAUUUGCUCCAGCUGGAGACUGAAACAGACCUCAGAAACUCACUCCGGAUACCUCCCAAGCACACGGAGACUGAGGCAAGGGGGUGGGCUCGUCCUCUGAGCCUGCCUGGCCUGUCGCUCAGCAACUGCAGGUCUGUCCUCAAAAGGGAUGUCAGGGGGGAGGAGAGCCAGCAGGACUGGGAAUGCCCAGCCGCUGAGCAGCAGAUGCAGUCUCCAAUACAUAAAAUUCCAAUAGAUAAUAAAUUUUCCUUUCUUUUUCCUACUUUCCAUCCCAUUUUCCAUGGUGUUUCUUUAUUCUAUCAUAUUGCUGCACCCCAACUUCACUCUUUUGUAUCAUAGCAAAAAUACAAUCAUCUCCAAUUAUUUCCAUUGCUCAUAGUUCAAAUCCUGCUCGCGAAUUUGUGAUAUUAUAAUAUUUCUUCAAAUAGUCCUAAAAAGACUUCCAUUAAACAUAAAUCAGUCAUGGUUAAGUUCUCUUAUUUUAGCUGCCAGCUUUGUUGAUCUAUUCUUUGCUUAUCCAUUCUUUUCUGCUGGGAACUUCUUCAUUGUUCCAUUUCUGUGCAUAGAGAAUCCUAGCUACUGUAGUUACAUACAUAAAUAACCAUCUUUUUUUGAACUUCUAGCCCUAUAACCCCAAAAGCUUCAGUUUUGUUUUGUUUUUUUCAUUUGAGGGGUAUAAUCACUCUGAACAGAAAAAAGUCAUAUAUCGUUCCCCAAAAUUCCUCUUUUUCAUUCAGGUCCACCACACUUUCUCAUCCUGGUCUUCUUUUAUCUUCUUCCAGCUGCCCAUGA